UAUCUCCUACCGAUACAGGUGGCCAUUAAAAUCAUAGACAAGACACAAUUAGAAGGCGACAACAUCCAGAAGAUCGUCCGCGAGGUCAAAGUAAUGAAGCUUCUCAGUCACCCGCACAUCAUCCGUCUCUAUCAAGUCAUGGAGACGGACAGAUACAUGUACCUUGUUACGGAGUAUGCCAGCGGAGGAGAAAUAUUUGAUCAUCUUAUAUCACACGGUAAGAUGACGGAGAGGGAAGCCCGUCAGAAGUUCAAGCAAAUCGUUGCGGCCGUCCACUACUGUCACAAACGUGGCAUAGUUCACAGAGACUUGAAGGCUGAAAAUCUUCUUCUUGAUGCUAAUAUGAAUGUUAAAAUAGCAGAUUUUGGUUUCAGUAAUUUCUUUGAGAAGGACAAUCUACUGAAGACAUGGUGCGGUAGUCCUCCCUAUGCCGCCCCAGAACUCUUUGAGGGUAGGGAGUAUAACGGUCCAAAGGCUGAUGUAUGGAGUCUGGGAGUAGUAUUAUAUGUAUUAGUAUCUGGUGCUUUACCGUUUGAUGGAAAGACGUUACACAGUUUGAGAGCAAGGGUUUUAUCAGGUCAAUUUAGGAUACCAUUCUUCAUGUCCGAAGGUUGUGAAGAUCUAAUAAAGCACAUGUUGAUCCUGGACCCAGGCCGACGUUACACGACAGACCAGGUCCUGAAUCAUCGAUGGACCAAGGCCGAUGGAGCAGACCCAGUCUUUGAUAAGAUGUUCAAAGAACACAACGUUGAGAGCGAUCGGGAGGAACCAGUGAACGAGCUGAUCCUACAACACAUGGUCUCAAUGGGGCUGAAGACGGAAGAUAUCAUGCAGUCUAUAACAAACCAAAGUUUUGAUGAGCACAGUGCAAUCUACAAUCUCCUGCUUGACAAGCAUCGUCGUCACCUGAGGGCGUCGCCUGGGCGUGUCAUGGGCGAGGCCACGGAGGAGAGCCAAUCAGCAGCUGCCCUGUAUGCCUUGGCGAUGGGGGAGGGCGCGGCCGCUCAACGCAAUCUGAUGCUUGGUGACCAGAUGAUCCCUCAAGUUAAUGUGACCAAUGAAGACAACCAAGUUAUUCAGUCUAAUGACCAACUGGAGGAGAUGGAUAGUGACCCAGAGGAGCCAAGCCCGGAGGCUCUGGCCCGCUACCUCCAGAUCCGAAGGAACACCGUCAUCCCCGGAGACCCCUCCGGCCACAAGCUCCCUGCGGCCUUACGGGCCAAGCUCCCUCCCCCUCCACAGCUGGCCGGCCUGGGGCUCGGUGGGGAGGGCGACGCCCCCCUGGCCGGCCUGAUGGGACUGCCCUUCGGUGGGGCGGGUGCUGCGUUCAAUAUGAACUUGCCACAGAACUUGCCCCUGUUGAGUGCUAUACCCAACCAAGCAGAACAACAGCUCAAUUAUAAGGAGCAGCACCUGUUGAAACCACCAGCCUUAGAAGCCACUGCUGGGCAAUCUAACUUUGGUCGUAGGGCGUCCGAUGGGGGCGCUAACAUGUACCUGAAUAUCCAACAGUUCAGGAAACAGCUUCAGACUGCGGUCAGAACCAGUCAACCAGGGGACAUUGAUGCAACUGGACAGCUUGGUACGGAGACAUUGCAACAAAGAUUAUCUGAUACAACCAUGCCAGAGGAAGAUGAAAACUCAGACGGAGAGCCAGACGAAGAGGCAAUACGAAGAUAUCUCAACAAGGGUCGAUGCCGGCACACCAUCGGCCCCGACGUCCUUUCAACCAACGACAUGCCUAUCGUCUCCCGCACCCGACGGGAACGCUUCCUCCAACCAGAACGCCCCCCUCACCUCUUUGCCUCCACCAACGCCCGGCGAGCCUCCGACGGCAUGCCCAAUCUCCAGUACUACCAGCGGGAGCGUCUUGAACGACUGGCUGCUACCGGAGGGGGUAGCAGUAGCAGUCAGAAGAGUUCCCUGAAACAGCUUCAUAAGGAGUGUCAGCAGUUACAAAAGCAGUUCAGCUCCCCCGUUGAUGCACGAGCCUUGGAGCUUCAGCAGCAUCAGCAUCAGCUCCACAAAGAAAAGAUGCAUACUGGCAUGUUAUCCCAUUCACCAACGGGGAUAUCAAGCACGUCACCUCACCUCUCACCAGUUUCGUCCAUUCGUAGUGAUGUCCCCAUCGCAGACAUCCAAACACAGCAUCUCCAGCAGCAUCUGCAACGCCUACAGCUCCAACGUCAGUCGGACAGUCCUCCAAGCCUUCGGAAGCUACACAGCCCAGGCAGCAGAGCGAGCCCUCCGCUGUCCAGCUCGCUUCCCGUCCACCCGGAGGAGACUGGCGUCGAGAGUCCAACGGAUACAAGCUUCCCGACCAAUCCCUUGGACACAAUGGUGGGGUCACCGCAUUCUGUUUGUAGCCAGCCCGACGAGUCUGUUCCAAGCCCAGUCUCCGCUCAUUCCGUUCACUCGCACCGAGGAGUGGAGGUGAACCUGAAUGGUCCGGAUAGGUCUAAUCAAGGGUCGGGGAGUCUUCGAGGGGACGGAAGCCUGGAGCAUGUCGGUAUCAACGGUCCGCUCUUAGAGGAGACGGAAGAUACCAGAGAACGCAGAGACAGUACCCGUAGAGACAGUUCCCGUAGAGACAGUAACCAGAGCCUUGAUAGGGAGCAACAUAGCUCCAGUAUCGACGCGGAGCAGUUGAUGCAAGCCAUGGCGUAUCAGCAGCUUCACAUGAUACAACAACAGAACUCCAACUACACUAACCAGCUUGGCAUGGCUGGCAGCCCCGAUACCGUCCAACAACACCUUCAGCACCCGCUCCAUCAGAUCCCCAUUCAAGAUUUUGCCCACCUGGCUCAUAGACACUUACACCACACCGCCCCACUCUCGGCCGUCCCCACCGAGCCUCUCCACAUAGGUAUGGCCGCCCAUUCACACUUGCCUAACUACCAUCCCUCUGCGACGCAAGCCUACCUAGCGGCCCAGGCCAACCGAGAGCUGACCGAAGCCUUGUCGGUCAGCAACGAGGUUCCUGCAGGGAUGUCGGCAGUGCCUUUCAGUCAACGUUAUCUGCUUCCUGGUAUGGUACCUUCCCCGUUAGAACAACAAGCUCAAGAGUUUGAGGAAGCCGAACUGCAUCACCAGGUGUUAGACAACACGACUCAGAAUCAAGAAAUGCAUUCCAUUAGUGGGUUUCAAGGACUCUUCCAUUUGGGCUUCCGGGGGAGUCAGGGUCAACUACGCAAUCACCAGCGUCACCACUCGGCUCACGCGACGACAGGGCACGUCCAAACCCAGCUCUUACAAAGAACCUUUCGCGUCCCUUCCGGUGACAUAUUCAACAUGGCGAACAAUAAUAACUCGGGCAUGACCGUCGGUCUCGUCAAACUCGACUACGAGGGCGGCGUUCCGCCGUUGAUCAGGCAGAGUAUGAACAUGAGUUGUAUCUCGCUGAGCGACUCGUCGGACCUCGCGAGCGAACCGUCGCCGAUAAAGCACGCGAAAUCGUUCAGUAUGACAACGUGUAAAGAACUUAAUGAAAUAGUGAACGAAAUCCGAAGGACGUUGGAUCGCAGGCACCCCGAUUUAGUUUACACGAACAACGAAAAUAUGUUUGAGUUGCAACAGAACGGUGUGGAGAUGGAAAUGGAAGUGUGUCGGGUUCCGGGUCUCGCGCUUAAUGGUCUCAAAUUACGGAAAAUAGCUGGAGAUGCCAGUCAGUAUAAGGAAUUAUGUAGCGAAAUUCUUCAAACAAUGAAGCUCUAGCGUAGGCAUCUUUUGCUGUUUCGAAAGCACAAAUGGUGAGGAGCCAACGUUUGCAGUUUGAUGUUAAUCGGAGGAACGCACAAGCGAUCGUCCAAGUGAUUUCAUUUUUGAGUGAGAUCAAUGUUGCAGAUGUCAGAAAUCGAGUGAUGAUGUCUCUUAACAUGGAAAACAUACAUUGCAUCAAGAAGUGCUGUCAACAAGUCUUACCACUGGUGGCUACUAAAUUCUGUAAUUCUAUAUGCUUUGUAGAGGGACCACCCGCUUCCAUUAAUCAAUGGGGAAUUUAGCAAUUCCCAUUGGGUUUGUACAGGGACCUUGUUUCAGUAGGCAAAGAAUGGGUAUUCUUAUUGACUGCUGAAUUCAGUGAGUCCCAUAGGUUUUGUACAGGGAUCACCUGGUUCUAGUGGGCAGUGGAUGAUUUUCAAGUCAGGUGUUGGCCUUGGUGUU